GUGUGCAUGUAGAGUUUGGGUCCGGAACUAACAGAUCUCCGUACAUACACCAAGGGGGUAUAAAGGUCCAUGAGAACAGGUAAGGCGGCCUACACUUUGGGUAAACGUUACAGAGAGGUAAGAUGAUAUUCGCGAUCCUUCUCGCCGCGCUACCGGCGCUGGCCCUUGCCGAAGUGGACAGUAGUUUUGUGUUCGAGUACCACCGCUACACCGCGCUCCGGAGCGUCCUGCUCGCCGUGAGCCAGGACUGUCCCGACAUCACCCGUCUCUACAGUAUCGGUCAGAGCGUCCAGGGCAGGGAGCUGCUGGUCCUGGAGAUCUCAGACAACCCCGGACAGCACGAGCUCGGCGAGCCGGAGUUCAAGUAUGUCGGCAACAUGCACGGGAACGAGGUCCGUGGUCGUGAGUUGAUCAUCCUGCUGGCCCAGUACCUGUGUGGGGAGUACAAGGCCGGGAACAGCCGCAUCGUCAGCCUGGUCAGGGACACGCGUAUCCAUCUCAUGCCCACCAUGAACCCUGAUGGCUUUGAAGUCGCCGCCAACCAGGGUCCCGAUAAUAACGGCUGGACCACUGGUCGGAAUAACAUGCAGGGGAUCGAUCUGAACAGGAACUUCCCUGAGCUGAACAGCAUCGCGUACAGCGGAGAGUCGUCCGGCACGAACCAGGACCACAUCCCCAUCCCGUCCUCCUACUGGUCCGGCACCGUUGCCCCUGAGACAAGGGCGAUGAUCACGUGGUUGCAGUCCUAUCCCUUCGUUCUGUCCGCAAACAUGCACGACGGUGACUUGGUCGCGAACUACCCAUACGACACCGCCAAGUCAGGAGGGUUCUGGGGCAGUGGGUAUGCCGCUACACCGGAUGAUGCUCUGUGGCGCGACCUGGCCUCUACCUAUGCGCAGGCGCACGGGACCAUGGCUACCACCGGAGGCGGCUCGUGUGGUUUCCAGGGCCAGGGCGGCAUCACUAACGGCGCCGACUGGUACAGUCUGUCAGGAGGAAUGCAGGACUUUAACUACCUGCACACCAACUGUUACGAGCUGACGUUGGAGCUGGGUUGUGACAAGUACCCGCGUGAGAGCGAGCUCCGGAUGGAGUGGAACAACAACAAGGAGUCUCUCCUCGCCUUCAUGGAGAAGGUUCACAUAGGAAUCAAGGGUGUGGUCACAGACGCCAACGGAAACGGCGUUGCUGACGCUAAGAUCAAGGUUCAGGGUAACGCCCACGGCGUCAAUUCCGCUGCUGAUGGUGACUACUGGCGCCUGCUGAGGCCGGGUACCUACAGCGUCACUGCCACCAAGGGGCAGGCCUCGCAGACCAAGUCCUGCACGGUGGGCAGUGGGGCCGCCACCACCUGCGACUUCACCCUGGACGCCGCCGGCGUGCUGAGCGGCGGGACGACUGGCACCGGUACUGGAACCAGCACGGGUGGGAACAACGACCCCUUCUGGUGGCUGAACCAAGACUGGUAAACUGACUGAUGUCACACGAGGAAGACUCGACAUCUCGAUGUAAAUUUGAAUUGUCGCGUGGCUAUGUCACUAAAUAAAAUAUUAUACAAAAUACCAAAAA